UUCUCAAUCCCACUCACAACUCGUAAUUCAUUUGGUUCGGAAAUGUCAUGUCAAACAAACAAAAUCGGGCAAUUGUGUGUGUUUGCAGUACGAGAACAAAUAUUCAUAAUGUUUAUUCAAUAAAGAAAAUUUACUUAGAUUUACAUAUUCCGCAGACGAGUCCCCCCAUGUAGUCGCUUUGCAGGCGCAGUUUCGAAACGUACGGCACCAACAAAGGAAGUGCCAUGAAUUCUGUUUAUUAUAACGGGGCCAACGAAAGACUUAUCCAUGAGGCCGAUCAAUUAAUAUCUUACUUAGAACGUGGGUCUCCUGUACUGAAGUUUUAUCCAAGAAAGAGACCGGAACGUCGCACACUAUCUGUGCGUCGGGAAACACAUCAGAUAAUUAUAUUCAGAAAUGGAACUCCUCAGCGACAUACGUUCGAAGGUACAUUGGAUAUAAGAGAUAUAAAGGAAGUCAGAGUCGGAAAAUCAUCAAAAGACUUUGAGCGGUGGCCUGAAGAGACGAAACGAAUAGAAAAUUCGAAAUGCUUCACAAUUUACUAUGGAACAGAGUUCAAACUACGCUCUGUAUCUUUCGUUGCUCAAACGGACAAGGAAUGUGAAACAUGGGUGAAGGGAAUUAGGUUUUUAGUAGAGGAAGCUAUAAGUACACCAUAUCCACUACAAAUUGAGAGAUGGUUGAGAAGAGAGUUUUAUACAAUAGAAAAUUCUCAUGAAAAGAUAACUCUGAAAGAAAUCAAGGCAUUCUUGCCUAAAAUCAACUGCAAAAUAUCAACAAGCAAAUUGCGCGACAUUUUCCAAGAAGUGGACACUGGUAAACGUGGCGAAAUUGGAUUCGAUGAUUUCUCAAUUCUUUAUCACAGAUUAAUCUUCGACGAAAAUAAUGUCCAUGAUAUAUUUGACAAGUACUCGCAUUAUUGCGAAAAUGGUACGACAAUAACAUUACGUGAAUUCCAAAGAUUCCUAAUAGUAGAACAAAACGAUAAAUUAGGAGAGGAUGAAGCCAAAACAUCUCAGUAUAUCAGAGAUUACUUACGUGAUCCUCAGAGAGAUAUAUCUGAACCAUAUUUAACCUUAAAUGAAUUCAUUGAAAUGUUGUUUUCAAAGCACAAUACAAUUUGGGACAGUAAACAUAAUCAGGUAACUCAAGAUAUGACAAAACCAUUAUCACAUUACUGGAUCUCAUCAUCUCACAAUACAUAUUUGACAGGUGACCAAUUCUCAAGUGAAUCUUCGCUGGAAGCAUAUGUGCGUUGCUUACGAUCAUGCUGCAGAUGCAUCGAAUUAGACUGCUGGGAUGGACCAGAUGGAAUGCCAUUCAUUUACCAUGGACAUACACUAACAACAAAAAUAAGAUUCAUGGAUGUUCUGAGAACUAUAAAGGAACAUGCUUUUGUUGCAUCUGAUUAUCCACUUAUUUUAUCCAUUGAAGACAACUGUUCGCUACCACAACAGAGACGUAUGGCGAAUGCAUUUCAAGAUGUCUUCGGUGACAUGUUACUUGUCCAAGCGAUUGAGAAAAAUGAAACUAGCUUGCCAUCACCCUAUGAUUUGCGUCGAAAAAUUAUUUUAAAGCAUAAAAAAUUACCUGAAGGUGCUGAGGAAAAUUCAUUUGCAGUACGUCUAGAAGAAGGUAAAGAUAUGGAUUUACGAAAUUCAAUUAAAAAUGGUAUAUUAUUAUUGGAAGAUCCCGUGGACAAAGAAUGGAAUCCUCAUGCAUUUGUGCUUACUGAAAAUAAACUUUACUAUACAGAAAACUAUAGUGCACCAAGUGAAACAGACAUUGAUAGUGAUGGUGAACCCGAAUUGGACACUUCGUCCAUACCUCAGGAUGAAUUGCACUUUGGGGAGUGUUGGUUCCAUGGAAAAUUAACUGGAAAUAGACAAGAAGCUGAAGAUCUUUUGAAGGCACAUGCACAUCUUGGUGAUGGAACAUUUCUAGUGAGAGAAAGUGUGACAUUUGUUGGAGACUACUGUUUGUCAUUCUGGAGACAAGGCAAAGUUAAUCAUUGUCGCAUAAAAUUGAAGCAAGAAAGGGGUAUAACUAAAUAUUAUCUCAUCGAAACAAUUUGCUUUGACAGUCUGUACAGUUUGAUCACACAUUACAGGCAGCAUCCACUCCGCAGUCAGGAGUUUUUGAUAACACUGAAAGAUCCUGUGCCACAACCUAACAAGCAUGAAGGUAAAGAUUGGUAUCAUCCUCAUUGCUCGAGAGCUCAGGCUGAAGAGUUGUUACGAAAAGUCAAUAUUGACGGUGCUUUCCUUGUCAGACCUAGUGAAAAAGAACAUGGUUCCUACGCAAUCAGUUUUCGGACGGAGAAAGAAAUUAAACACUGCAGAAUAAGACUGGAAGGAAGAUUGUAUACCAUUGGCACGGUUAAGUUUGAGAGUCUUGUAGAGUUGGUGUCAUACUAUGAAAAGAAUCCAUUGUACAAAAAGGUGAAGUUAUCAUAUCCCAUCAGCGAGGAGGCCAUAAGAAGAAUAAUAGCAGAGCCAGAUGACUGUUCAGUGUAUGGAACACCUGGUUACAUGGAUCCUACAUCAUUUAGCUCGAGGGUGACAGUAAAGGCAUUGUAUGACUACCGUGCAAGACAAGAUGACGAACUGUCAUUUUGUAAACACGCGAUAAUAACGAAUGUGGAUAAACCUGAUGAAGGUUGGUGGAGAGGGGAUUACGGAGGCAAACGUCACCAUUGGUUCCCCGCAAAUUACGUCGAAGAGGUCGAUGUACCUCAUUUACCAGAGAUUGCUGGAUGUUUGGAUAAUGAGAAUGCUGCGUUAGGUUCUCUUCAGCAGGGAGUUGUCGAUGUAUUAGGUGCUGUGGUGGAACUGGUUGUGGGCGAAGAAAGCGGUGCGGCGCGCUGGCUGGUCAGGAUACAGACCCCCACCAUGUGCUCCCCUUUCGAUAUGGCCGCGCCCACCAGGGAGAUAGCGUUAGAGUGGCUCGCUGCUAUCAAAGAAGCUGCUCACAGCGCCAGCGCCAGAUCUCUACAGCACAGGAAAAUGGAGCGCACCUGGAGAAUCGCCAAAGAAAUGUCCGAUCUCAUCGUCUACUGCCGCUCCGUGGCUUUCAACGCCGACAAAUUAAAAAGUAAAAACUUUGUCUUCAACGAAAUGUCAUCUUUCCCCGAAACUAAAGCGGAACGAUUCAUGUGCCAACAGGAGGCUUCGCAAGCGUAUUUCAUCAAAUACCACACAAUCCAACUGAGUCGUAUCUAUCCUAAAGGACAGAGGAUAGAUUCAUCAAACUACAAUCCCGUUCCGUUCUGGAAUGCUGGCUCACAGAUGGUGGCACUCAAUUAUCAAACACCGGACAAGGCGAUGCAAGUUAAUAUGGGAAAGUUCAAAGAGAAUGGAGGUUGCGGUUAUAUACUGAAGCCGGAGUUUAUGUUCGAUGAGAGAUAUACUCCUCAAGACAGGAGAUGUGUUGAGAGGAAGGUGAAGCCGGUGACGGUGAUGCUGCGCGUCAUCGCGGCGAGGCAUCUCUGCAAGUCUGGCAGGGGCACGGCGAGCCCUUUCGUCGAGGUCGAAAUCAUCGGCGCUGACUAUGACAGCGGCGUAAAAUUGGUCACCAAAACAGUCACUGACAAUGGAAUCAAUCCUAUAUGGAACGAUAUAUGCGAAUUCGACGUUGCCAAUCCCGAUUUGGCACUGAUCCGAUUCUUGAUUCAAGACGAAGAUAUAUUCGGUGAUCCGAAUUUCAUCGGUCAAGCGACGUAUCCAUUGAAAUGUCUACGCACCGGUUAUCGCAGCAUCAGUUUAACUAACGGUUUCUCAGAAGAAUUGGAAUUAUCAUCACUUCUUGUGCAUAUAAUCAUUACACCGAGUCGUUUGCAUUCUUUGCCUUAGCAGGUUCAGAGCCGUUCGCUUGGUCGAAAAAAACGUGAUGGCAUAAAAUGUGUUAUCAACUAACUGGUAACUAAUAGUGAAAGCUUUAUUAUACGUAUUUUUCAUGUUCCUUACAAAGUAAUCUAUAAACUUCACUGGUACU